CCGGAAGGGAGCCGCCGGGUGACGUCACACCCCGGAAGAGGAGCAGUGGAGGUGCUUCCCGGAGAGCAGGGCGACUGGGAUGGAAGACUUAACUGCCCAUUAUGACUUCUACAUUGGAUUGGGCUUAGCUCUCAUUUCCAGCCUGUUCAUCGGAGGAAGUUUUAUCCUGAAGAAGAAGGGGCUUCUCAAGCUGAAUGGCAAAGGCUCUGUCAGAGCAGGUCUUGGAGGCCAUGCGUACCUGAAAGAAUGGCUGUGGUGGGGAGGACUGCUGUCUAUGGGAAUCGGAGAAGCUGCCAACUUUGCUGCAUAUGCUUUUGCCCCAGCAACACUCGUCACUCCUCUUGGAGCCUUAAGUGUCUUAGUUAGUGCAGUUUUGGCUUCCUACUUCCUGCAUGAACAGCUCAACAUUCAUGGGAAGAUUGGCUGCAUCCUGAGCAUUUUAGGUUCCACCGUGAUGGUAAUCCACGCUCCGCAGGAGGAAGAAGUCUCCAGUCUGGAGUCAAUGGCAGAGAAACUAAAGGAUCCAGGAUUUAUCGUGUUUGCUGCAUGCAUGCUGUUGAGUUCGCUCCUUCUCAUCUUCGUGGCUGGGCCUCGGUAUGGGCAGCGCAACGUUCUGGUGUACGUUCUGGUCUGCUCCGCCAUUGGCUCGCUCUCCGUCUCUUGCGUCAAAGGCUUGGGCCUUGCCUUGAAAGAGCUGUUCGCUGGGAAGCCUGUCUGGAAGGAUCCGCUGGGCUGGGUGCUCUUGGUGUCUCUCGUCGUUUGCAUCAGUAUCCAGAUCAACUACCUGAACAAGGCCUUGGAUAUCUUCAACACCUCUGUGGUCACCCCCAUCUAUUAUGUCCUCUUCACCACAGCAGUCAUGAUGUGUUCAGCCAUCCUGUUCAAGGAGUGGCAGCAUCUUGUCUUGAUGAACAUCAUCGGCACUAUCAGCGGCUUCCUCACCAUAGUCCUCGGCAUCUUCCUCCUUCAUGCUUUCAGAGACAUCCCCUUUACUGCAGACCUGCUACCUCUGUUCCUGAAGCAGGACCAAACAAACACGCAUACUUGGAGAAGUGAGGGCAAGCAUUACUCUUGUGUCCACCAGCCCCUUCUGGAGCCAGAGUAUGCCAACAAGGUGGACAUAGACAGAGCAGAAGAGCAGGCCAGCCAAGAUUUAUGAACACUAAUACAUUGGCUCAUAACAUCGCACAAACACUGCAUGACAAGCUUCGGGCCUUUUUAAAAGACUACUGGUGCUUUCCAGCAGAAAACUGGGAUCAGGCAUCAAAUACUGAAGCAUUUGGGGCCACUGUUUUCAUACUUGAGCAUUCACUGAUGACAUGUUUGACCAAACUAAGAGGACCAAUAGAACCAAGCUGGAAUUCAGAAAGUGGAUGAACUAAAACUCACUUUGUUGAUUUCUUGUCUUCCAGAUAUCCAAAACGGCCCGAAGGAUAAUAUACAGAUUGACAUUUUGGAUUUACUUGCUCCACAUGCAAUACCAGCUUU